CACCCCCCUGACGCACUACGGUUCCUCAAGGGUGGACUGCAUCACCACUUGGGCUGGCUGAUACUCACUGUCUCGCCCUGGUAUACAUAGCCGCAUGCCCUUGGGCCAACACCCACCGAUCCCACUUCUCGAUCGGCUUCUCAGCCCAACAUGCCUGUCUUUACACCGCGACCACGCCUCUUCUUGCGCGACGUCAGCACCACCAUCAGCACCACCAGCAGCAACGGCAGCGAGACUCCUAGUCAGGGUUACAACGUCAGCCUAGGCUUGGAGACCGAGUCACAUCCUCGCGGCGCUCUCGACAAGCUGCUCUGCACACAUAUAUACGCAGUCGCAUUGAUCGCUCUACUCGCGGCUGUGGUUGCUGCUGUUCGCUUCUCCCUGUUCUCCAGGAUCGCAAGUGCCAGCCGACUCAAAGGGAGGACAGUGCCCUCACCCCCUUGUGCAGGCUCACGGCCGACCUCGCUAGGCCUCACCACCCCCGCAACUAGUGCCAAAUCAGAAAGUGGAUGCGGCCGUCAAGGUGGUGGGUGUGAGAAAGAAGGCAUAAGCAGCGCGCAGCCAAACGAGUGGCUGCGUUGGGGCAUUUUCGAGCCAUCCAACUUGGCGCGUCGUGCCGGUGGGUUCGGGGAGAGCACCGUCCCUCGGGCUCCGCUCUCACCACCUCAACAGCGACAGAAGCAACAACAACAACGACAGCCACAGGAUCAAGGGUCCCGUCAUCAUCAGACAUCCUGUGAAAUGGUCGACGCCCGGUCACGUGGAGUCAGCACCAAAGAGGACGGGGCUAGGUCAGGCGUCCACUUAACUCGGACACGGUCUGCUGCUGCUGCUGCUGCUGCUGAAAAGGCUGCGGGUCAGCCCUAUAGGGUGCCCCCUCCCAACCCCUCAUUCUUCCCCCAGUCGCAAGCGACACUUGAGCCGGAUGUCGGGCCCCAGGACGUGCCGACUAUGGAAGGUGGCGAUAGCUGGUCAGGGGCUCCGGCCCUGGACGCCCGCGCAUCUCGGCAAGCUCGCUCGGGUGCCUCGUCGACGGCUAUAUGGGGCGGCAGUAGUGCCACCGUCGCCCACCAUGUGCCUGGCACCAUCUCGUCAGGGUCGGCAUCGUGGUCGGUUGCGGCCGGCCUUGAACCAGCCCCGGGCGUGACGCAGGACUCUUUCAACAGCAACUACAACUCGGACUUCGGCCACGCGCAGCUAGGCCAGGCUACUCCUCAACAAUUCGGGGGUGCGCCGGCGUCCCCAGACCCCACGUCUCACUUCCCGGCCGCCUUUGCCUUUCAGGACCGACGUCCCACAUAUGCCGCCUCGAUACCGCCCGAACUGGGCGGCGGCGACGCAAGGCUGUCCUUUAUCCACCAGCCGAACCCUGACUACAUGUCUGCUGGGAUGCCAUCCAUGGGGCAGCCCUCGGACACAACCUCUUUCUCUCCUCAGUCCUCAACAUCGACCUCGGCCGGGUUUGCCACUGGGGGCUCUUACGCUGGGCGUUGGACACCACGCAGGAGGAGCUAUAAUCGAAUGGUGUCAUCCGGGUCAGAACCCGACGCUGCACCGACCACCUAUGGGACAAGUGGAGGGGACCUUGGCUAUGAGGACGUGCAGCAGUGGCAAACAACCGGCUUCUCAACUUACCCGUCUCUUCAGCACUUUGCCCCGUUGUCUUUUCCCGGGACGGACGCGACGUAUCUCCCACCACCACCGCCUGGGUCCGGCGACUACGGCCGCGACACGACCUUUUUCGAUCACCACUACCAGCAAUACCCCCAGCCGUCAGCGCAGCAACAUCACGGCCAUUACGACGCGACGGGUCUGCCGUCACACCACGAGCAGGACCAAGGCCACGGAGGGAUGAGUGCCCAUGUAGAGACUGCGUCGAUGGACGACGAGUCCAGCGCCAGCUGGAAGAGACACACACGUGUGCACGACGGUGGCGUCUGUCUAGCCUGUCUGGCCAAUGGCGGUGGCUUUUACGGCGAUACGGUGCCGUUGGAGGAGAGGCGACCGCGAUAGAAGUUUGCGGCACCUUGCUCCGAGGCACGCGUUAUGACGGCGAGAGCGUUGGUCCAAUUGCCGUCAAUUCAAGUUGGCAUGCAUUGUCGCACAGUCAAAAGAGGGGAAUUAAAGAAAGAAAACCCCCAAGACGAGGAUUCCGGGUCGGUGGACGACACAAAAAGAAGGGACCCCAAAAAAGAAGCACAUGUGCGGUGCAAGGAAGCCUGGAUGGUCGUCGUUUCCCCUCUCACAUGACAGACGCGGAAUUUCGUAUGCGCCGGCGCGGGCACUCCCUCUGCAUAAGAUUACCGGCUUUGUGAGUGGUGGCAGCGUGGGGGUUGGUGGGCGUAGGCACAACAAGCACGCACGCGCACAAGGACGCGCCCACACGCCACCCACCUCCCCAGGGUUGCCCAGGGUUGCCCCGCUGGCGAGGACGUCAAGGGGGCAAGCGAAGCGGCAGACCAAGAACCAACAGAAUCCAAGACAUGCGGCUCGGAGCUUGCCGUCCGGCGCCACCACCGGUGUGACGGCCAACGACGGUUCGCAUGCAUUCCAGUCAACCGAGUCCUCACGUGGUUCCUCACCGGUUUCCGGCAAGGCUCCCUCGACUCUGAUAUUUACCUUUAUAUUUUGUCUUACCCAGCUGCCUCGUCUAGUGUUUGCGCUUUUCCGCCAUCUUCUGUCAAAAUCCAUUUUACCCCUAUCCAAUUUUUUCUGUUCGGGCUUCAUGGACAACUUUUGCUGGCACUCCUAGUAUCUCGACCGCUCCACUGCAACGGGCGUAGUAUACUUGGAUGACAGUGGGCUUUUCUUUCGCCAUUUUUUUUUUUUUUGGAUUGGAAUUUUUGUUCUUAUUAUCAGCUGAUGCACCGCCCAGCCCUCGAAACUGUGGCUACCAUUUUCUCUGCCGUUUUUUUUUCUUCUCUUUUUCUUUUUGCAUCCCUUGCUUUUACCAAAACCUGUUCGAUUUCAUGCUUCACCUUUCUGGCAUCUCCGCUGUUGCUCAUGGCGUCUUGAGCAUUCUCAGAGAACAAGCUGCUCUCUUUUCUUUCAAAUCAUUUCUCCUGCGCACUGCACUCACAAUCCAGAUUAUGAUGUUACGACCCUUUUUUAGAUUGUCAUGUCUAUAUACAUUUUUCCAAGUUGCUCUUGUCAGCUCGUAUAAUGGCUCUAUGCAUCGUGUUUGUUUUUUAUACCCUUGAGCAUGUUUCUGACCCUAUCGUUUGUGCUGCUUGGAUUUGAGCGUUUUAAUAUUACGAUAUGGUAAAGUAACAGAGGGCUAGUUAGAUUAAUCAGGUAUCAAUAUUAACAAGGA